UUGAAAACACACACCACGGCCACAGCUCUGUGACGGGAGGGAGCAGCCAGUUUUCCCAGGUCUUUGUUGCGCACGCUUGAGGCUUCGACAUCCAUCCCUCUAUCCAGAACGUGGGUAGCUGGAGCCAUCAGGACAGAGAUCAACUCGGAUCGAUUCGGGGAUUGAUUCGGAUUGAUUCGGAGAUUGGCGUGAAGGGAAUUCCAGAGAGAAUUUAGUUUAGGAGCCGGUUUCAGAGCAGAAGAUCCGCAGAGUUUGGUCCAACUUGCCUUUGACAAAGCCGACGUUGCUGUGUUGGAGUUGUGACUGGACGUUGCAUUGGGCUUUGGAGAGAUCUCUUAGCCAUGCUUGCACAAUGGCGAAGCUGUGUUUGGAGUCUGCUACUUGGGCUGGGUGUCUUCAUGCCUCUUUGUUCGACUCAGAGCAGGGGAAAGGAAACGGGGCGCGAGGGCGUCACUUUGGGGCUGGAGACGGAGCAAGUGGGGCCGACUGCGAGUGAAGCGGAAGCUCAGCCGCCCAGCCCCAACUCCUGCGGCGUCACGUUCCACAUCCCCUGGCCUGGCCGCUCGUGUGCGGCUGCGACGACCCCAGCCUCCCCGCUGGCCUCCCAGGAGGACCUGGACCACCUCAAGAUCUCGUUGGAGGACACGGGCGGAGUCCUUCGAACCCUUCAGGAGGCCACGGCUCUGGAGGCCGGCAAAUCCAGGUACCAGGACAUCGUUUCGGAAGUGCUUCCGGACGUCCGAGAGGCCAACGUGGAGCUUCACGAGAUCCUGGGGAAGGUCUUGCAGGAACUGGAGAGCCACAUCCAAGCGGAAGACCACGCGCAUGGGGAGGACGAGAAAAAGAAGUUAAAGGAACACUUACGGAUGAUGGACCACAUGCUACAAGUCACCGGCCACCUUGCCGAGCAGUUGGACCAAGCGUCCCAAAACCUCCUGCUGACCCUGACUGACCCCUCGGAGAAACCCUCGGCCCUCCUGUCCGCAGCCGCUCUGCAGCCGCCUUAGCUGCGAGGCUGCCCCACUACGAAGGCAUUAAACAGAUCUCCCCAUUGUGAACUCGGGUGCCGUGAUCUUUAGCGUUUCCAUGCAUGCGCCCGGCCUGCUACAUCGCCUUAACACUGUAGGCGAUCUUUCGUGCCAAGGAGCCUCGUGGAUUGCAAAGCGGUGUCUUGAAGAAUGA